AUGGGACAGGUUGGAGAUGAGCUGGCUGAUGCUGAUACUGUUCACGGCGCCCUGCGGGGCGGCGCGGCCGGGGAGGGCGCGGCGGAGGCGGGCUCCGUCCCGUUCCUCAAGGGCUCGGCGCUGCUGCUGCUGGGCUGCCUGCUGGCCCGCUGCUGCGGCGGCGGCGGCCCCAGGCCCGACGGGGUCCGGGCGGCGGCUGCGGCGGCGGCGUCGCGGCGCAGCGCCUUGGAGAGCUUCUACGGGCGGCAGCUGCGGCUCUCGCCCCAUGUGCUGGGCCACAGCAAGGCGCACGUCGGGCGCGUCGUGGCCGAGCUGGUGCGCGCCGCCAAGGCGCAGGGGCUGCAGCCCGGCCCGCUGGCCCUCAGCCUGCGCGGGGACUUCGUCCGCGUCGGCAGCGCCUACGAGCAGCACAAGGUGCGCAGCCCCGACUGCUUCGACAUCCUGGUGCCCCUGCGGCUGCCGCCCCACCUGGAGCCCCAGCCGCACUCCGCCGAGGGGCUGGGGGCACACGGCGCCUUCGUCUGCGGCCUGCGGGCGAGGGCCGGCUGGCCGCGCCGCUACCGGCCCUUCGCCGAGGGCUUCUGCGUGGAGCUGCAGGGCCGCAGCCACCUCUCCUCGGGGCUGGUGCUGCGCUGGUUCCAGGGCCACCUGCAGCGGUGCCUGGGCGCCGUGCGGUACCGGCUGCAGGAGCGCUGCCGCAUCAGCCUCUCGGCCUGCCCCGGGCGCCCGCCCACGCUGCACAUCCUGCCCUGCUCCGACUACGUCUGCUGCCACAUCUCCAUGGCCGUGCGCCUCAUCCCCGCCAUCCCCCUCGGCGACGCGCUCUACCUCACGGCCCUGCCACCCGAGGGCCCGCAGGGCCCCCUGGCUUCUGAGGCCCUCUGGGGCCUGAACACCUCACGGCAGGAGCAGCGGCUGCUGAGCUGGCUGAAGGAGCAGGCCCCAGCCUCCUCCUGCCACCUCAAAUGUCUGCAGAUCCUCAAGGGCCUGCGGGACCUCCGUGGGCACGGCCUGGAGGAGCCCUUCUGCUCCCAAUGGGGCCGGGUGCUCUCCUCCUACGUGCUGAAGACGGCCCUCUUCUCCCUGCUGCUGCAGGGGCCUCUGGAGGCCUGGGACGAGCGGUUCCUGGUGGAGCGGCUGGAGGACCUGGUGCUGUACCUCAGGGACUGCCUGCGCAAGCAGGUGCUGAUGCAUUUCUUCCUGGGCAACAGCAGCCUCCCUGAGGCCGUGGCGCUGCCCCGAUUCCUCAAGGAAGCCGCCCCAGUGAACUUGCUGGCAGCCUUUGACGGGGCCAUGCUGGACCUGAUCGCCUUCCAGCUGAUCAACACCUGGAUCCAGGCCACGCACGUCAUCAGGAUGUACAGCAGCCCCCGCUACCUGCGACCAGUGCCCACCCCGUGCCGGCACGUCGCCGAGGCCAGGCAGGAGCCACCAGGAGAGUGAUCCAGCAGCCGGGUGAGCUGGUGUCACCUGUGGACCCCGCCAGGGCAGCGGAUGCUCCCAGCUUGCUGGUCCGUUGAGAGCCCGUGUCUGCCUCGGGAAGGUGGGACCCAUUUAAAUGUGGUUCUGUGGUUUUGUCCCUGACCUGAGAAAACUAGGAAACCAGAGGCCAAGACUUAAUGACAUUGUGAUUCUUGUUUGUUUAAUCUUGUUCAUUGUUCAUGGGUAAACUGAAAUUUCUGGGGAAGUGCCUUAGACAAGAAGUGUUAUGUACAAUCGGCUGUUUGCAAACCUAACUUUUAACAGGCUCAAACUGACAUUCCUGGAAAUCCAUGUCAACUUGUUGUCUUAGUGGCAAAAUUGACCUUUUCCUGAGAUUCACUUUUUAUGAUAUAAAAUCCAUUUGGCAUUGUACCAAGAUGCUCUUAAAACGCAAUGAGCACUAGACCAUGGGUGUUGAUCACUGUUUGAAGUGCUCAAUGACAUGCUUUAAAUUUCUGUGUAAUUGAAUACAUUGCACUCAAGAGAAAUAUAUUGUGGGUGUUAAUGUAAAAUUGAUGGAAGAUGCAAAACCUCUCCGAUAAGAGCAUGAAGAAUCCAGUUGCGUGUUUCUGUGUUCAAGUGAAGGCUAUACUGAAGUACUGAAAUAUAGAUAAAACAAAUAGCACUUUAUUUUCACAAGGGCCUUGUUUUUAGGAUAAUUGGCUGCACUAAAUACUUGCUCUGGAGGAGGCAUUAGUAUUUUGUGAAUGGGAUGAUGUUUGAAUCAUCCUGAGGAAGCCCUUCUUUUAAGGAAAUACUCUGAGGUUCGUUUGUCAGUUCUUGUUGAGAUGUAUUUUUUUUUUUUCCAGUUUCAAGUAUUGUUUUCUUAGAAUUUGCUUUACCUCAAGGACCAACAACAAAACUAAGAAAUUCUGGGGGGGUUUUUUGUUGUUUUGUUUUUUUCUUUGGAACAAACCUUAAACCAGUCCAAAUCUCAGUGCUGUAAGAUGACUGCUGCACCCUCCAGCUCUGGUAGGAGUUUGGUGGGAUUUUUGGAUGACCGCCUGACCAGUUGUCCGAUUGUGGCAGUGUUUUGACCAAAUAACCCGAUGGGAUUUUAUAGUGUUGUGCUAUAGCAAAUUGUUAUCUUGUUGCGGGGAGGAGGAGGUGAAAUAUUUCAGGGUACUUCAGAAUUAUUUAGCACUGAUUCAUGGCACAAUGGCAGUCUUAGGCUGUGGAUUCUGGUGUCUUGUAAAUACGGACAUCAGCUAGGUAGUUUCCACAUCUCACCUGGUGAUGUCCCAGUCGCUGGAAUAACCUGGUGAGUUGUAACACAGCCAGCUCUGCAAGUGUCCUUAUUUCCUGGUGCAGGUACCUGGGGUUACAGGAGCCUCGUAACCCAGGGUCUUGGCAAAUUCAGAAUUUCAAAUCCUUGCUUCAUUGGGUCACCUGCUCCAGUAAUUGAUGCAUUAAGACCCAAAAUGUGUUACUGAGUCGCUGGCUCUCAGGAAGCUGAGCUUGUGCCUUAUUAUCCGCUAUACCAUGUCCUAGGUGAGCGGUCUGAAAUGAAUUAUAAAUGACCAAGUGUAACUUCUGGCAAGCUUUAGGAAAAUUGGAUGUUACUAAUACACUCCUUCUCUCCCUGAUGUACGCGGAGAUACCGGUGUGCUUUAUACACAGUUCCAUGCAUCAGAGCACAAAACAAACAUUUGCAAAAUCUAUGAAGCUUUAUAGAAAUCUAUUUUUCUAAAUGGAAACACUCCCUAGGCAGAUGUUUGCCUACUUCUGUGUAUUUUUUAACUGCUCUUGCAGUCUUAUUUUCAGGUAAUUAUAGCCUAGGUCACACCCACAAGUUGGGUUAUUUUUAUAUAUGAAGUACUGUGCUUCUUUAUACAAAUACAAAUGGUGUAUUUAUAGGUAGUAUUGAUCAAAUGUUCUUUGCACAUGGUAUUUAAGGCUAAAAGUGAGCUACCUUGGUGUUUUGAUUUUUCUUAUGGUAGUAGCCCAUGGCAUAUACUGUUUUUGCAGACUAGUGUUACUUGGUGUUUGAAAUAAAAUGCAGUUCUGCAAUCAAUGCCAUUGAAUCUUUUGCCCAAAGAAGGACAAGGUAACCGUCCCGGGGUAUUGUGACUGCCUGAACUCAUGACAUAAAAACCCUUUGGCUGUUAAUUCAGGCAUCGUAACCACUUCAAUCAGUGGUCGGUUUGUUUACAUCACUGUGCAUCCCUGUCUCUGACAAGUGGCCUUUUUUCCAAAAAAGGGAUGCACAUUUGGUGUGUGUUUAGUAUUGCUGUGAUACAUGAAAAUCUGUAAGAGAUUUGUAAAGACUUUCUCACUAAAAUGUAGUAGUGCUAGGAAAAGACAGUUGCAUCAGGAAAUGCAUGGCAAGGAGAGAUGGUGGAGAAUAUAAGUAGUUUAGAAGAUGGAGGCUGGGCUGAGGGGUGAGUGAGAAUGAGGGUAAACUCUCAGUGAAGAAGCGCUGCAAAGAAGCCAAAGGACAUGGGGAUAAAAUUGGAGGAGAGCCAUUGAAAGCCAGGCAUGCUUGGAGUGUAGGGAAAAGAGAUUUAAGUGGGUUUUGCUUUGGCAGUAUUUCCAAAUAUUUUCCAAAGUGGUUGAAUCCAUCAGGGCUGAAGAGUGAGGCAAACCCUCAGUUUAUUAGCCGUGCAGGCAGGUCUUCAGUGUGAGUUUUUGCUCAGCAAGGCAGUUUUGAGUUUGUGAUGGCUGGUGAUGGGAGAAAAUGUAUGUGUUUGCUUUAACCUUAGGCUUGGGCAGGCUAUCUUGAGGAGCAGGGACUUCCUGCCAGUAAGGCAGCGUGCCCAUGGUGGGAGGUCUGAGGACAUCUCUUAGACUAACUUGUGACUUGCUUGCACAACUGAGAUAUUAAUUGUAUUUUCUUUAUCUGCUAUCAAGCAUGCAUUCAUGAAUAUGAUUGACAAAAGGAGCUGAUAAAAGUUGGGUUCUGUUAUGUUAUUCAUCUUACCCCACAACAAACGUGAUGGGACUGGUACCUGCAGCGUCCUGGAGCUAUUAUAGAGCCUUAUCUGCAAGGAGAUGUUUAGACAACUUUACCUACAUGAGUAAUCCCGUGGGCCUUUUGCCUUCUCCUUCUUCUCCCAACCCAUGGAUACUGGACGCAGAACAAGGUUAUGAAUUUGUAUGUGUUUAAGGUUGUAACUGUUAUAAUGUAUCAUAGGUUCAAGCAUGGAUGCCUCUGUGUGAGUAAGCUGAAACACAAACACAGAAGAGAGUUAUUUAGCACUUAUGUGGGUUCUUGGUUGUCUUUACCUGCAACAUAAUUUUGCAAGGACUCUGUGCAAAUGAAGUUGUUUUUAUUGAACAUUGAUUUGGAAGAGGAGUCACAUCUACAAGAGAAUAAGUUUAUUUACAGUACCAAAAUGCAUAUACGUGACUUCAUUUUGUAUUGAAAAAUGUGUAUUUCUCAAAGACAUCAGUAUUUCUUUUCUGACUUAAUAUCUGGAAAACAUUCCUCUUUUGAUUUUGAAUCUCUGCAGAGUAAUGUAAAUUUUAAGUGUCUGUUUGCAAUGGAUGUUCUUGGUACAACUAAUUUUGCUGGUUAAUAAUCAGACCAAAGAUUAAAGUGUUCAGCUGCUAUUGUUUUAUUUUCUUAAAAAAAAAAAGUGUUUAUAGGCUCAAAGUGUCAGCCCAUUUUAAUGAAACAUUUAUAAAUUCGUUUCCUAUUUAAUGUCAAAAUACAUUUGCACUUUUAUUGUUUCCAUAAAAAGUUGGUGGUUUUGCUUUAAUAUUUCACUGUAGUAAUA